AUGACUCAAUCCGGCCGCUUGGAGAUUGAAGUCGAGGAGAGAGGACGGAGCCUUACAAGCCAAGUGUUGACCAAUGUCCAGACUGCUGCCUGGGUUGCCUUGACAGACCGACUGAGGGGACACUGUGGUAUUGUGUCGAGGUAUGAAGUGGAUAGGCGGAUAAUGCGAUUUCUCGGUGAGACGAGGCAAUGCCGGCUAGUAGAUAGUAGGUAG